ACUGUUACAGAGAGAGAGAGAGAGAGAGAGAGAGAGAGAGAGAGAGAGAGCAGUAGACAGAGGGGGCUGCUCGCAGAGCUGGGAAUGGAUAUGGCAAACCUUUUUAAACACUUCUUUCGGUUUGGGAAGGUGAAGCAGAAAAGCUGUAUGAGAGAGUUGCCCUCCAGUGCAGAUAAAUAUGCUGACAAUGAUGAGCGACUGUAUGACCUCAACCUACCUGCACUGGUCAAGUUCAACUACACCGCUGAACGUGAAGAUGAACUCUCUUUGGUAAAAGGCACAAGGGUCAUCGUCAUGGAAAAGUGCAGUGAUGGCUGGUGGCGAGGAACUUAUAACGGUCUCUCUGGAUGGUUCCCCUCCAAUUAUGUCACGGAGGAUAUAGAUGGGAAAAUGAGGGGAGAUUCUGUGAGCUCUCUUAAAGAUAAACUGUCCCCCAUGGGGCACAAUAACAAUAGCACUCAGGUUCUGCAGACUGUACAAGCACUUUAUCAUUUUAGCUCCGGCAAUGAUGAGGAGCUGAAUUUUAACAAGGGUGAACUCAUGGAUGUGUUGGAGAAACCGGAGAAUGAUCCUGAAUGGUGGAAGUGUAGAAAGGAAAAUGGACAAGUUGGACUAGUGCCCAAGAACUAUGUUACAGUUGUAGAGAAGUCUUAUAAAGAACUGGGGAAUUCAGGACCACCUACUUCAAACUAUGAUUACAUUAGGCCUUGUAUGAAUGGAAAGUUUGGAGGAAGGAUGUGGUACUAUGGCAAAGUGACACGGCACCAGGCGGAGAGGGUAUUGAACCAGAGAGGUGCUGAUGGUGACUUCCUCAUUAGAGACAGCGAGUCUACGCCCAACGACUUCUCCAUCUCUCUGAAGGCAGUAAACAAGAACAAGCAUUUCAAGGUGCAGCUAAAAGAGGGACUCUACUGCAUCGGUCAGCGCAAGUUCAGCUCUAUGGAGGAUCUGGUGGAACAUUACAAAAAGGCCCCCAUAUUUACCAGUGAACAGGGAGAUAAACUGUACCUGAUAAAAGCAUUAUCCUGAGCCUAUGAAGGAGCAACAGACUGUUUAAGAUUUAACCCAUUCAUUCAUCAGAAACAUGUCACAAGUAUGAACUUAAGUUGACUGGAAUUUAGGAAGUUGUCCUGAAGACACCCUUGAUUAAAUGUUAUCUUAUGUAAUUGUUAGUGUAUUUACAAAAACAAACAAACAAAAAAAAAAAUCCAAUAAAGUUGUAGUGGUAUUUUUGUAAAGAUGUGCUUGCUUCAGCAUUGAUCCAAUUUAUAUAUGCUAUUCAGCAAAUUUAAAUACAAACUCCAAUACAUAUACACAUGAUAAGCUAUCUUUGUACCUCUACAACAGACCAUUUCAGAGAUUCUCAGAAAUAAUUUUCUCUUCCCUACAAAUCUCUAAUUAUGCACUUUCCAGAGAAUUUAGUGAUUGUUCAAUCUUUUUAAAGAAUGUUUAAGUGUUAAAAGUUUUUAGACACUCAAUAACUGGAGAACGAAUCAUUCUGAAUGAGAGAUUGGCAGGUGGUCUCUUAUAAUUUCCAGCCUCUACCGGUGAGUUUGAUUCUAUGGGUUCAAGUUCAUUAUAGUUAUAUUACAUUAAUGGUAGCACUUUAUAUUAAGGUUACUUUUGUUAAUUAGUAAAUGCAUUAGGUAUCAUGAACUAACAAUGAACAAUAUGCAUUUUUUAUAGAAUUUAUUGAUCUUUAUUAAUGUUAGUUAAUAAAAAUACAAUUGUUCAUUCUUAGUUCAUGUCAGUUCAUAGUGCAUUAACUAACAACCUUUGAUUUAAAAAAUUUAUUAGUAGGCUAUAUGUUGAAAUUAACAUUAGCCAAGAUUAAUAAAUGCUGUAAAAGUUUUGUUAGUUGUUAGUUCACGUUAACUAAUGUUGUUAACUAAUGUAACCUUAUUUUAAAGUGUUACUACAUUAAAUAAAGAUUCAUUUGUUGAAUAUCAGAGGAUGAUGAAAGUCUUGAUACAGUUUUAUUCAAGGUAAAAGUAGAAGAUUUACCUUUGAACUCCAGAUAUAUUAAAACAAGUGAUAUAUUUUUAUUUGAUAGAAUUGUAUUUGUAACUUUGAUUUAAUGACUGUUUAUGCUAUGAUGUUCUUUUGCCAGUGCCAAAACAUAUUUAAAUAGUGAUGUCUUUCUUUCUAAUGUUUUCUAAGUUUUAUAGAGAUUUAGCCUUCAUUUCUAUUCCUAUUGUCCUAUCUGAUCUUAACCUAAAACCUUACAUUUACUGCAGAUUUUAUUGUCAAAAUCCACUUUCUUUCUCAACUAAUUUGUAACAAUUUAGUUUGUAAACUGUGAAUAUUGUUUCUUUCCACUGUGGACUUUUGGUUUCUCUUAUCUCUUCAUAAAUAAAGUAUUAUACAUUCGAGAAA